AUGAUUGUCGGCGGCGACUUCAACCUCUGCUUGAGUAAUCAACGCAACUACUUGUCCUCCUCUACUCAUCCCCCGCCGUUGGAUCCUGCGCAGAGGUUCUUUGCCAACCUGACCUCCCGGCUCAACCUGUCCGAGUCGUGGACGGAGUGCCACGGCAACAAGCAUCUGUACACCUGGUCCCCAACAGGCAACUCCCCUGGUUCCAGCAGACGCAUUGAUUACAUCUUCACCAACGAUGCAUUUCCCUUUACCCCCGUCUCCUUCGAGGCUAAGGAAACGAGGUCCGACCACCGAGCUCUCAUUGCGGCUUUCCACCACGUUGACCACCAACACCGUCCUCCGCCAUUCAGACUGAACUCCCGGCUCCUGACGGACCAGCGUCUGCUGGACUUUGUCCACACGUGCAUUGAUCAGCUGAACGAGUCCAUCCGGCUGUCGAAAGAUCACGCCCCCCUGGCCUGGGACAUUUUCAAAUCCAGAGUUGUCCGCUACGCGUCGUCCCUUGGCGCCUACGUGGCCAAAUGCAACCGCAUUGACGAGGAAGCUUGUCAUCAUCUCAUCACCCACGUCGAAUGCCUGAUGCAGGAUCCCCUGCUCACGGCGGACCAGCUCAAACGUCUCCAGGACGCCCGCUCUGGCGCUGUAGCUGAGCUCCAAGAAAUCGCUCGUACCAAGGCUGAAGGCGCCAGGUUGAGGUCGCACCACCUCUCGUGUGCCCUCACCGAACGCUGCACCAAGGUGUUCUUUAGCCUUGAGCGUGAGUGCAUCAAAGCCCAAACCAUUGCCAAACUCACGGUGAACGGCGAGGACUUUACUACUCCGAACGACAUAGCAUCCGUGCUGCACGACUUUUACUCCAAACUCUAUGACUCUGAACCAAUCGACGAGGCUGCCCUGAGCGAGGUCCUUGCGCAAGCAAAUCCGGCGCGAAAGCUGUCCCGAGCAGAACAGAAGUCACUGGGCGCGGAUCUCAACCCGUACGAGAUUGCUGUCGCUAUCGAGAACACUGCGCCUGACAAGAGCCCCGGUCCUGACGGCCUGACAGGUGCCUUCUAUCGCACAUUCCAGGCACGCCUCUGCUACGCAUUGUCCCACGUAGUGCUGCACGACUUUUACUCCAAACUCUAUGACUCUGAACCAAUCGACGAGGCAGCCCUGAGCGAGGUCCUUGCGCAAGCAAAUCCAGAACAGAAGUCACUGGGCGCGGAUCUCAACCCGUACGAGAUUGCUGUCGCUAUCGAGAACACUGCGCCUGACAAGAGCCCCGGUCCUGACGGCCUGACAGGCACGCCUGGUCGUACCAUCGAUGCCAACAUCCAUCUCAUGCGCGACUUGCUCGAUUUGUGCCGCGUGUGCAACAUUCCGGGUGUUGCUGUCUUGCUGGACUCGGAAAAGGCAUUCGACAGAGUCGAUCACCAAUUCUUAUUCCAAGCACUCCGCAAGUACGGCGUCGGUGAGAGUUUCAUCAGUUGGAUGGAACUGCUCAACACUGGCUGCCAAUCCCGCGUUGUGUACAACUGCACCAUCUCGCUUCCAUUCCCGAUCAAACGAUCUGUGCGUCAAGGGAGCGUCGAAGCGCCGUUCUUGUAUGCCAUCUACGCCGGCGUCAUCUCCGACUAUGUCAUCCACAAACUGCGCGACAAGAUGCUCUCUCUGGCCCUGAGGUCUGGUCCUCAAAUCGUGGAACCCAGCUUGUUUGCUGACGACACUUCGAUCUUCCUGUCGGAUCCCAACCACAUCCAUGCCCUGUUUGAAGUCUACGCAACAGUUGGCAGGGCUACCAACCUCAAGAUCAACGAGGCCAAAACCUCCGUCCUGCGUCUCGGCCCCCUUCGGGAUGCCGAUCCGCCGGACGGCUUGGCUCAUCUCCAAUGGGUGCCGUCAGGACUCGAGUCCUUGGCGUGCAACUCGGCUACGGCGAUCUUGCCAAAGCCAACUUCGAGCCCUGCAAGCCAAGGUCGCGCUCUCUCGAUCGCUGGCAGGGUCCUGAUUGCCAACGCGAUCGGACUCUCCCGCGUCUGGUAUCACUGUCGCUUCAUCCACAUGCCCAACACGUACUCCAAGGCACUGUCCGACACUGUCAACAAAUAUCUCUGGAAAGGCCGAUUCUCCCCGGUCGCCAGGAAGGUUGUGACCGCUCCUCCCAAAACGAUCAUGUUUGGGCUUGGACUCAUCGAUCUCCCCACCAACAUUGCAGCGACGGCUGCCCAAGCGCUAAUCAACUUCCUGUCGCCUGUCCCCAGCUUCUGGAAGUUGGUUGUCAACCACCUCGCCGAAGUGGCUGACAGACCUGCUCGGCUCUCCGACAAUCCUGUCGCCGAGUACACGGCCAUGCAGCGGCUAGUCGCCAAAUUCCCGUUCAGACUUUCGCUCUCGGUGUUCUGGCACCAUGCCUUCAGGGCGUGGCGCAGGCUGCUCCCUUUCUCUGAGCCUCCUCGCUCGAAAAACGAACUGCUCGCCACUCCCCUCUGGCGCAACCCCAUGCUUGACAAGAUCGACUUCUGGAUGCUACGGAAACACGGCAUCUCGUACCUCCAUCAUCUCCACUCUGGCAAGAAAUGGCAGUCGGCCCGCGAUCUCCGCGAGUUCUACGACUCCCGUCUGCCACAGGUCGAAGCCAGACUCCAAGUGAUCCGCUCCAAAGUCUCGCUCAUCGACCCGUCCAAACUGCGGAACGCCCCUGUGCGCUUCCGCGAGAACGAUUGGGUUGUUGACUCGUGGGGCUUCCUCCGCAGAAUCUUGGAAACUCCGGCCGCCGACGCCUUGUCUGUGCGCGUGAAGCCCUACGUGUUCCGCCUCCACGGUCAGGUUGUGGUGCCCAAGCACAUCCUCUCAGCCAGGCUCCCGCUAGCUGAACUCACCCCAGCAGUGGUCUCGGAUUGGACCUCUCCGUCUGCCAAGCCCCACACCAAGAAAAGCGACCUGCUGAUGCAGCUCGCUGAAGCCUAUCCUCCACCAAAACACCCUUAG